CUCAAGGCCUAAACAAUUAGGCCUGCUACUGACUGCUUGCGCAUGCGCAAAAUUAUUGGAUACUAUUCCCGUAAUGUUUCCUAUUAAACUGAAUUUUUAUCCGAAUUAUAUCCUGAAUAACAUAUACAGACAAAGAAUACUCUUCAUAAAGUCAGACACAGAGCUAUAUAGCUAGCUAGCUAGAGACAGAGCUGUAUUGGUUACAGCAGCAAUUUCUUUCUGAUAGAGUCGACUUUCACGAAGGUUAGUGUCAGAUGGGCGUGGCCUAUCCAUAAUGGCUAUUGUCAGCCUUCCCCUCCGUUCAGAGGAUUGUUAUCCACACUGUUGCAGGCUGUGAGUCCUUUGUUAACAUAGUAGGCUAAGGGUGGCUAUUAGAAUGCUAUCACACGGGCUACAAUCACACUUCUAUCCACUUCUUCAAUCCACUUCCGUUCGUUGUGACGUCAUUGUUUUACUGAGCAAAAUACAAUGGUAUCCGAAUUACCCACUUUCUGGGUAAUAGGUGGCGCAUGCGCAAACAGUCGAUACCAGGCCCUCUCUUAGCGGCCUGGAAUCGAGGCUAAUAGCAGGCCUGAUGGAUCUACAUGCAAGCCACCAACCUGAGAACUAUCAACACUUCAAUGCCAAGACCUACUUGCAGAGAAGAUUCAUUGCUCCCAAUGGCAUCAUUGAUGAGGAGAGAGGAGUGCAGCCAUUUUACCUCCAGUGCUACCACCACUUUUACCAAACGUUCCAUAGCUCUUGGGAUCCCACUAAAGCAAGGCUUCUCGAGCUAGGUGGUGGACCCGUAAUUUACCCUCUCAUAAGUGCUGCACCGUAUUUUGCCGACAUCACUUUCGCUGACUUCUCCAAACCGAAUCUCAAACAGGUGGAGCUCUGGGUAAAUAAAGAUGCUGAAGCUCAUGAUUGGACUCCAUACUUUAAUCACAUUGUGGGAUCAUUAGAGGGCAAGGUUGGUGAAUCACAAAGUCGAGUGACGUCCCUAAGAAGUAAAAUCAAGACGAUUGUAACAUGUGAUAUUCGCAAAGAAGACCCAAAUGGAAUUCUCGAUAUUGGUGAUCGUUCUGAAUGGUUUGAUGUCAUCUCUUUCAACUUCUGUUGUGAAGCCGUAUGCACAACGAUUGAGAGCUAUCAAGAAACGCUUCUACGACUAUGCAAGCUGGUCCGACCCCAAGGAUACCUAACUAGCCUGAUUUCGCUGGAAGAGAGCUGGUAUGUUAAUGGAGGGGAGAAAAUGUUUCAUUUGGGUCUUACGUUUGAAAAUGUGACGAGCUCUUUCAAACAAGCUGGAUUUUCAGUCGAGUUUAGUGAUGUAUUCCCAAUUCCAAAUGAAGCUCAAAAUAUUCUCAAUGAUUGUAAAGCAAUUGCUUUUGUGGUGGGGAGAAAGACUAAUAGCAAGUGAAUGUUUAAUCUUCCGUCUGAUGACUUUAUAGCUCUAGUACUUUUGUCUACAUGUACUUUAUUUUUUUGGGCUAUACAAAAAUGAUAAGUAUAGAGAUACUGUAUCUACUUCUAAUUACAGCACCACUCUAUAAAAUAAAUCUGGAAUUAUUUUUUGCUGGCUAAGCAAUUACCGUAUUACUAGAAUAUUUGCGGGUGAAAAACCUUUGCGAAUGAGCCAAAUCAGUAGAAGUUUUGACCCUAACUAUUGCGUUCUGCAUGGCAAGAAUCAUGUGGUUUUUUGCGGAUUUUAUUGUUGCGAAUUGAUCAACCAUCGCAAAGUUCGCAAAGAAUAUAUACAGUAUACAUGUACAAUUUAAUAGCCUCUUGGAAACAGCUACUAUAUAGUAGAUCUACUCUACGUUCUUAUAGAUAAGCGCCAAACUGGAAUCAUGGUUUUUUGUGCGCCACUGGAAAACUAUGAUUAGCGCUGUAAUUAAAAGAAAGACGGUAUGACAAACUCAAGCACAGCUAGAUCGAAUAUAUAUGAAAUACAGCAGUCCGCUAAAAUAAUUAUGCCUUUUUUAGUGUACUGCGCAUGAGUAAGGGCCGAAUGCAUUCAAAUAGA